GCCCGCGCAUGCGCGUGGCGGCCGGGCGACACCCGCUCUUGAUCUGGCCGCGGUUGACUCGGCCUCUGAAACAAUGCCAGGGCCUUCCACGGUGUUCUGGAUGACAUAGUAGCACAGCUUCAAAGACCUUCAGCAUCUCAGUCCCCACUGCUGUCCCACUCACCAUCAAGAUGGAAGCAUUCUGUCUUUCCCAGCAUCAGGGUCUUUUUCCAAUGGGUCGAAUCUUUGCAUCAGGCGGCCAAAGUGUUGGAGCUUCAUCGUCAGUCCUUCCAAGGAAUAUUUAGGGUUGCCUGGGAGAAGGGAGCAUUGACCUUUCCUUCAUCAGGCUGAAGAUGCCUCUCUUUGGAAGUACGUUUAGUCCGAAGAAGACGCCCCCUCGGAAGUCGGCCUCUCUCUCCAACCUGCAUAAUUUGGACCGGUCCACGCGGGAGGUGGAACUGGGCCUUGACUACGGAACCCCCACCAUGAACCUGGCUGGGCAGAGCCUGAAGUUUGAAAAUGGCCAGUGGAUAGCAGAGACGGGGAUUAGUGGAGGUGUGGACCGGAGGGAGGCCCAGCGCCUGCGGAGACGGAACCAGCAGCUGGAAGAAGAGAACAACCUCUUGCGGCUGAAGGUGGACAUCCUGCUGGACAUGCUCUCGGAGACCACUGCUGAAUCCCACUUAAUGGAGAAAGAGCUGGAUGAACUGAAGAGCGUCAGCAGGCGGAGAAAAUGAAGACCCCCAAAGACAUCUGUUCAGAGAACGGGGGAAACCCAUUCAUCAGAAGAGGGGAAUGUGGUUGAGGGUAUUUUUAGCCAAACGGAGGGAUCAGGUCCCGGUAGAGAGCAUCAUAUAAUGGGGCCAGAAGGCACCGGCCCCCUUGGGUUGGGGGUAGGCAGGUGACUACAGUGGAUUCCAGGCCAGUCCUGUGCUUCACGGCAGGGGAGACCUCCCCGGGGAGGUCUGGUUGUGACGGAAGCCUUUGGGUUUUCUCCAGUCACUUAACACCCAAAUGCUCAUGGCCCAGGCUCAUCCUCCUGGGACGGAGAUCAUCCCAUCAUCCCCUCACGUCAGUGUUUGAGGUAUGGCGCCCUCUUGUUGAGGGGAUCUCAGAUGAGGGGCUGUCCUGUUUCUCUUCCCUCCAGCCCAUUCUCUUGCUCCUUCAAAGAACACUAAUUUCCCCCAGAUUCACAACCUCCUCUGGCUUUAGCAUCUCGGCAGCCAGCACCAGCAUUUUACGGCAACACUAUAUUUUUGUGCUACUUUCCUCUCUACCCUACUUUUUAAAAUUAAAUGUUAUCUAAUCUGUGGCCAAAGUGACUG